AUGAACGCUGGCUUCUCCCACACCUUCAUGGAGCGGCGGCCAGGGCUGCUGAACGGGGGCGGACUACAGUACGGGAUGGUGCCCCCUGGUGGCCACCCGGAGCACCGCCACCGUUCGCCUCACCUCCACCCGGGCGGCGAGGCGCUCGCCCACACCGUGCCCUUCCUGCUGUACCCCUCCAACAUGGAGGCGGGGCUGUACGAGGGCUCGUACCGGGGUGGCCCGCCACUCUUCCCCUACCUGCCCGCCUUCCACGGCCACUUCGGCGUGUACGAGUGCCCCUUCGAGCCCGCCUUCAUCCAGAAGCGCAACGAGCGGGAGCGCCAGCGGGUCAAGUGCGUCAACCAGGGCUACGCCAAGCUGCGCGACCACCUGCCAGGGGGCGCCGGCGACAAGCGCCUCAGCAAGGUGGAGACCCUGCGCGCCGCCAUCCGCUACAUAAAGUACCUGCAGGGGCUGGUGGGGGACCCCUCCCACGCCGGCCCCAAAGCCGCCCCCCUCGGGUCGGAGGACUCGGGCCACAGCGACGGGGAGUCACCCCGCUCCGCGUCAGCCUCCUCCUCCCCGGGGCUCUACUGCGAGGAGUCAGAGGGCUCGGGAAGCUAG